AUGACGCAGUCAAAACUCAACAUAAUCAUCGUCGGCUCCGGCCUAGCAGGCCUCGCAGCAGCAAACACCCUCCGCGAACACCACAACGUCACGGUCUACGAGCGCGGCAGCCAAGACGUCGCGACCGACGGCCAGGGCCUCAGCAUCUACCCCAACGGCGAGAAAAUCCUCAAAACCGUCGGCUUCAGCGGAGACCGCGUCGGCGCCGUCGCGUGUCGGGGGUACCGCUCGUUCGACAUCAACGGCAACCAGUUUGACGACUUCCCGAUCGACUUUCGCGGCCGCUACGGCGGCGACAUGUUGCUCAUGAAGCGUUCCGAUUUCAGGGCCGAGCUGCUUCGACUGGCUACCGCCCCUGAAGGGGAGAUUCCUGGUGUACGAGGCGAGCCGGCUAAGGUUGUUCUCAAUACUCCCGUUGUUGAUUUGGAUCCCGAAGCUGGUGUUGUCACUUUGGAAGACGGUUCGACUGUUGCGGGUGACGUCGUUGUCGUCGCCGAUGGCGUCCAUUCCGCUCUUCGGCAUCGCAUUACGGGAGACAAGGCCCACGCCGCCAAAAAGACCGGCCUCACUCUCUUCCGCAUCGCCGUCUCGUCUGAGAGUGCGAAACAGGCUCUCGGUAGCCUCCCAGAGUGGUGGGGUUCGCGCGAAGACGACAACCGCCUCAACUUCGUUCUGGCCGGCGACGCCUCUAACCGCGUGGUCGUUCACUAUCCUUUCCGAAAUCACCAGUACCGAAACUUCUCCUGUCUUUGCCUUAUGCCGGACAGCAGAGCGAACGUGACGGAGUCGUGGUACGCAGACGGGUCGAAGACAGAGAUGAUGGAGAUUUUCAAAGGGUUUCCCGAGCCGAUUCUCAAGAUCAUGAACGUGGCGACUGAGAUCAAAAUCUGGGAUCUUCAGGACCUGGAUCCUCUCCCCAACUGGAACCGAGGGCGCUCCAUUCUCAUCGGCGAUGCCGCGCAUGCCAUGACGCCCCUCCAGGGCCAAGGUGCGAACUUGGCCGUUGAGGAUGCGGACAGCCUUCGACUUCUUCGCCCGGGUAUGUCCCACGAAGAAAUCGCCUCUGUGCUUCAGACGAUCGACAAGGUCCGACGUCCCAGGGCUGCGAAGAUCCUGCUUGAUACUCGUAAACAGGCGAGAAAUGCUACGAUGGAGGAGAGGUUGUCCAAGCUGGACUACAACUGCGGUUAUGCGGGUAUCGAGCAGGCUUUGAAAGGGCAAGACUAG